UUUCCUUAACCCCAGCACCUAUCCUAAAGUACAUGGGUGACCAUCCAUCCAAGAGGAGUAGGAACUCCAAUGAAAUCACUGAUGCCAUAUUUGAACCUCCACUCAGAAACGAAAUCCUGCGAGAUGAGGUGUAUUGCCAGAUCACGAAGCAGCUCACAGACAACCGAGUCAGAUCCAGUGAGGAGCGGGGGUAUGAGCUGAUGUGGCUUGCUACAGGCUGCUUCGCCCCAAGCACAAACCUUCUGAAGGAACUGAUGCAGUUUCUCAGGACAAGGAAAAACUCUAUUGCCCCAGACUGUAUGAACAGACUCAAGAAGACACUUAGGAAUGGCACCAGAAAGUACCCUCCACAUCAAGUGGAGGUGGAGGCCAUCCAGCACAAGACAAAGCAGAUCCUGCACAAAGUCUACUUCCCUGAUGACACAGACGAGGCAUUUGAGGUCGAGUCCUGUACUAGAGCAAAGGAUUUCUGCCAGAAUAUUGCCAACAAACUGGCCCUGCGGUCUGCAGAAGGCUUCAGCUUGUUUGUCAAGAUAGCUAAUAAAGUUAUUAGUGUUCCUGAGGGAGAUUUCUUCUUUGACUUUGUGCGUUAUCUGACUGACGGGAUCAGAAAGGCACGGCCAUCCAGGGAUGGUGCUGUCCCACAGUUUACAUACCAGGUGUUCUUUAUGAAGAAGCUGUGGACCAACACAGUGCCCGGCAAAGACAUCAACGCUGACUUGAUCUUCCACUACCACCAGGAGCUGCCGAAACUGCUGCGUGGCUACCACCGGUGCAGCAAGGAGGAAGCAGCAAUCCUGGGUGCUCUCAUAUACAGGGUCAAGUAUGGAGAGAGCAAGAAGGAACUGCAAACGUUGGUGAGAGCAUUGCGUGAAUUCCUACCACAAGAUAUGGUUAAAGCUCAGUCACCUGAAGACUGGAAAAGGGCGAUAGUGGCUGCAUACAACAGAGAUGCUGGCAAAAGCCAGGAAGAUGCCAAGGUGGAGUUCCUCAAGAUCAUCUUUAAGUGGCCAACAUUUGGAUCAGCAUUCUUUGAAGUCAAGCAAACAACAGAGCCCAAUUACCCUGAGAUCCUGCUUAUCGCCAUCAACAAGAGUGGUGUGAACCUCAUCCACCCCCAUAGCAAGGAGAUCCUUGCCACCCAUCCUUUCACCAAGAUCUCCAACUGGAGCAGUGGUAACACCUACUUCCACAUGACCAUCGGCAACCUGGUGCGUGGCAGCAAGCUGUUGUGUGAGACAUCACUGGGCUACAAGAUGGACGACCUGCUCACCUCCUACAUCAGUUUGAUGCUGACCACCAUGAACAGACCGAAGCGGCAGUAGAGGCCGUACACACCACCCCGACAGCCAUCACCACCAACUUUCAAACACACCACAUUGCCACAUGAAUGAGUCAGCAGACCCAAUACUGCUGGAUACAGGCUUGCUCUAGCUGCCCACGCAGCCUCCGGAGGGCCCUCAGAUGUAUUGUGCUGGAGAGUCAUCAUUCCGAUGUACAUCAGCACAUUGUGAUGAGAACUUUGCUCACCGAUCAUGCUCCAUAUGUGUUUAUAUGCAGGGUCCAGAGACUCCUAUGUUUAUGCAGUCCUAUAUGUGUUCUACUCAAGAGAGUGCAGUUGUUCCCACCCAGCUCUGCCUGUCUAUGCAGACUAAGGCAGGGGAGAGAGAGAAAUGUUAGGACAAAUGUCUGACCAUUCCUGUUGUAUUUUUAUUGUUAUAUUUUUGAUUUACACUAUUUAUGUAUACAAUUAUUAUUAAACAUUUAUGUUUAUGUACCUAUAUAUAUAUACAUAUAUAUAUGUGACAUUCCGUUUGGCUUGAAUUUGUUCAUUCAUUUGCUUUUACCUUUUGAUAUAAGUGAAUGAUAUGCUCAGCUUGCUCCACAUUGUAAAUUGCUGCAGGCCAACCUUGUGUUACCUGUGGAUGACUGUCGGUGUCUGUCAGCCUUGAGACUGAUGGGCCCGUGGGCCAACUGUGUGUUGUGUCAGCACCUGGUCAUUACCACAGGAUACCAUGGCCACAAUAUUCACUGUGCUGGACAUUGGUGUCAGAUGUGUUUCAGAUAUUUUGUAACAUUUGCUUCAAAAGCGUAUGGAAUUGCCCACUUUAAGGGAUGAUGCCUUUGAGUGAAAUAGCUUAUGGGCUCUUAAGGGUUACCAUUGCUAAAAGUAGGUACUAUCUAUGACAUGAGGAGUUUAAGCGGAGUGAGGGUGGAGGGGAGGAAGAACAGCUCCGUGUAGAUGAGGAGGAGGUUAUAGCAUUCCGUCUAGGUCUCACUGGCACAUAAUACACGCUGUAUGUAUUUUGUAACAGUACUGGUCUCAUAGUAGUGGUCCCGAAACAAACCUCCGGGUUGUGUAUAAACUGUAUCUCACAGGUAGUGGCAGAUAGAUCUAGAUACUUGGAUACCUGGCCUUAUUUCUAAUGUAACAUAUAGUCCUACAUUGUAGUGUCUUUGGCAGGGAAAAACCCAUUUGGCAACAGAUGCCUUGGUGUCCCAGACCUGCUCUGAAAGAUAGCUCCCAGACUGGUCACCUUUACAUCACAUGACUCUGUCAAGUGCCCGAACAAAAACCAUGGCUGAUUAACAACCAUAGCUAGGGCUGGCAGUUUGUAUGUUAAGUAUACAGUAUACAGAUGAUUUAACUCUUUGUACGGUAGUAUGCAAUAGAUGUUAGUUUUCAAAUCUGAAAAAUGAACUAACUGCAGUGUAAUCAGAUAUACAUUCAAAAUGUAUUUUUGUAUAAUUAAAUGUUAACCAUACGAGUGAGUGUUAUCCCCUUGUAACUUAUAAUCUUCUCUGUGUAUAUUAUGGUAAUGUCAUGUGCACUAUAUCAUGCAGAUUCGUUUUUACUCAUAUUCACAUGUUUACUUUUGUAAUAUUAAUUUUUCACCUGGCUGUCCCUUUUGCAGUACAAUUUUUGCAAUAUGCCUAAAGUAUAUUUUCGUAUGCAUAUGACUAUAAAGUAUUCAGAUGAUA